UCGAUGACGCUGUGCUCUGUUGGUCGGGUCUGCUCCAUUCACCGCCGCUGCAGCGUUGUUGUCAUGUUUUUCUGCUGCUAGCCUCCAGCGCUAGCUAGCCGCUUGAUUUUUCUCCCCAACAUACUUUCAUCCAGCAGGAUGUUAGGAUGGAGUGUGGCCCAGUCCUGCCGGACAGCCUGGUGUUGGAGAUCUUCCUGCAACUACCCCAUGAUGCCGUGCUUACAGCUGGUCUGACCUGCAGACAGUGGCUGGCUGUUUCCAGAGAUGAGUUCCUUUGGAGGGAGCUGUUCUACAGCUACUACCGCAUCCCCCGUUCUGUACCCCGACACCCUGCGGCGGUGUCAUGGUACAGGGAGUUCAGGCGCCUGUUUGACUGUAUCCCCUGUGUGGAGGUUCAGACGCUAAGAGAGCACACUGAUCAAGUCCUCCACCUGGCUUUUUCUCACAGGGGUCACCGCUUCUCCUCCUGCUCCAAAGACUGCACCGUUAAACUAUGGGACACUGAGCGGCAUGACGGUAAUAUCUCGAUGGUGCAUAGCUCCAGUAUGCGGCAGUUUAACUGGGGCUACACCCAGUUCUCCCAGUUCAACGCUGACGACACCCUGCUGCUGGUGUCUGGUGUCUACCUUGGCCCACACCACUCCUCGUCUGGGGAAAUCGCUGUCAUCAGUCUGGAUAAUUACACACUGUUGUCCCGUGUGAGGAACAAGCCGUACGAUGUGUUUGGCUGCUGGCUGAAUGAGACCCACCUGAUUUCUGGGAACCUGCAUUGGAUAGGCAACAUGACGUCCUGCUCCGUGCUCUGGCUCAACAAAGCCUUCCAGGAUGUUGAAUCAGAGAACGUCAACGUGGUCAAGCGCCUUUUCAAGAUCCAGAACGUCAACGCCAGCACCAUCCGCACGGUGAUGGUGGCCCACUGCCGUCGUCACGACAACCCGGACCUGCUGCUGGAUUACGAGGCUCAGUCCCAGGCUCGAAGGCAGAAAGGGCAGCAGCAGCAGCAGCAACACCAGCCACUCCUCUUUGAUCUGGGAACGUCCGGCAGUGAGGAGGAAGAUGAGGAGGCAGUGGGGGGCGAGGAAGCACGGCUUCCCACCGCUCGCUUUUCUCAGCCCUCCAUCUCCGGCCUGGAGCACGUUAUACAGAGUCGUAAAAAUGUAGGGCACACAGAGUUGGCGAUUGAGAACCAUGUGGCUAAGAUAAUGGGCAGAGCUCACACGAAGGCCCCGGACUGCAGCAUGAUGGAGCCCUCUGAUCCUGGAGACGGAGAGGACAAAACUUACUUACUCUUCACCACCGGCAGCCUUACAUACUCCCCUCACCAGAUAGGUAUUAAGCGGAUCAAGCCUGACCAGAUGACCACUUGUGGUCCUGUACUCGGGGAAGAGCGGAGUUCAGAUGAGUUUUUUGAUUCCCUAGACCAUGUUAUUGAUAUCCAUGGACACAUCAUUGGGAUGGGCCUUUCUCCAGACCACAGGUACCUCUAUGUGAAUAGCCGGGCUUGGCCAGCCGGGUGUGUGAUCUCUGACCCCAUGUCUCCUCCUCCCAUUGCCGAGGAGAUCGACCUGCAUGUCAUCGAUCUGAAGAGCUUGAGGGAGGAGAGAAGGAGCCUUCGCGCUCACCGAGCCUUCACGCCUAACGAUGAGUGCUUCUUCAUCUUCCUCGACGUCAGCAGAGACUUUGUUGCCAGUGGAGCGGAGGACAAGCAUGGCUACAUCUGGGACCGUCAUUACAACAUCUGUCUGGCACGUCUGGCACACGACGACGUGGUGAACUCAGUAGCGUUCAGCCCUGCCGACCAGGAGCUUCUGCUGUCAGCCAGCGAUGACUCAACCAUUAAGGUGUGGCGUUCACCGCGCAUGGUGCGCCUGGCUCAGGCCCCCACCCGGCCGCUGAGGCCCCGCAGCCUUCUGCCGUCCUGGCUGAGCCGCAACAAGAACUCAACGUCCGCCAGCAGUGUGAACGGAAAACCAUGAGUCAGGUUGGAAAAACACUUGCAGUGGGACGGAGCAGGGGGGAGGAAUUUUGAUAUGUUUCCUCUGUGGUGUGAAUAUAUAUAUUUACAUAUAUAUACACUCCAUGUAUAUGUACAGUGUGAUUAAAGUCAGUGGUUUUUGCUUGAGCUCACAGUGUCGUGACACACAGCAGUGCUCAGUGUCUUAAGCUAACAGGAGACAGGGGUGUGACUCAGGGUUAGACACAGGAGAGAGCUGUUGCACCAGCAAAGGAGAGAAAUCCCCACAGGCUCUGUUGUGCUGUUGACAGGAGUGAUAUGAAAUGUUCUCACAGGUAGAGAUAGUGUAGAGCUGACACCUAAAUACACAAGACAGACGUCCAAACGUGUGACCCAAGAGAUGGUGUUUGUCUGUUUUUUUUUAUCUGUAACCAUUGCGUAUGAACAAGUCAGGACUCCUGCACUUGAGGUGUAAAUGUUUGUAAAGUCCUGCAGAGACAAAACUUUAUUGUCAUGUGCUGUUCAUCCGAGGAAAAGAGCUGUCACUGAGAAUGACUUCAGAAAUGUCUUUUCUUAUUAAUGGAUAUGUCCAAUUGAUGUCUUGAGUAUAAACACCCUAAAACUAAUGUUUCAGAUAAUUAUAAAUCUAUUUAAAACCCAAAAGGGAAGACAACAUUCAGCUGCUUUUACUGCAGUCAGCCUUGCUUUUUAAUUUUACCCCAUCCCAUUGUUUGUGUCCCUUUAAUGAUCAAUCACCCGAUUCAAAGUAGAUUAUUGAGUAACUUAAGGAACAGUUGAGCGUGAAUUUUUUGUUUUGUUUUGUUUUGUUUGUGUAGCUUAUUGUUAUUUGGGCCUAUAUUAUGUAGAAAUGUAUUUAUACACCUUUAUUCAUUUGUAGCACAAAAAUUCACCCUUUCAUUUUGUCAAAAGACUCUCUGAGGAGACAGAUGAAUCUCAGAAAUUGAUGUGUCCCGGAUGUUUUUUAUAAAAAAAAAAAUGUUUUUUCUGUCCUCAUCAUUACAUAAGUCUCAACAGUGUGGGGUACCUGGAUAAACAGACCCUGCAUACGUAUAAUUUACAAUAAAGAAAAACAUCAAUUUAAUAGACAUUUCAAGUUACAGAAUCAUCACCUCAUUAAGUCAUGAUAAAUGUGUGUAGUACACCAUAAAAGCAACACAGGAUAUAUUUGCUGAUUAUUAGAUUAAUUUAAAAGGACAACCAAUGAUGCACAAAUAUUUAAAAUGCUCCUACGGAUCAAUAUCACCGAGGAGGACAUGAGGGAGAUUGAGAUGAAUAGAAAAAUAAGAGCAAACCUCCUGCCUAUUCAAACCCUGAUCAAAACAUGUUUUUUGUUUUGGGCUUUAACAAUCUUUAAAUGUUUGUGUGUACAUACGGGUUACCACUUCACUUCCCAUCAUACCUUUGUCCUCUUCUAUCGCUGAAGGAAUGCUAUCAAACAAAAGCAAAACAUAAAAAUCAUGCAUAAGAAAUGAACCAAGACACUUGUUUAACUAGCAGAAGGUUUAGGUACUUAAGUAGACAUUUGGAGAUUCCAUGCUGAAGGAAGUUGUGACUGACAUUUCAUCAGCUGAUUCUUACCAACGAUUGAACAAUGUUUUCCAAGUUUGAAAUGUGUGUAAUAAGUCAUGAACUUUAUACUUGGUCCCUUUUGACAACUGUAGCUCCAUCUUGUUAAUUGUGUUUCCUGUCGUCUGAAGUCAUUUUCAAAAAUCCCCUGAAAUAAAAAGCAUGCCAUGAAAGGCUAGACGUCUGCAAAA